AGCCGAUCCGAAGUAUACUCACGUGCCAAUGUUCGUCGAAGUGUUGGAUUUCCCUCUACGCAACAUCUCAAUCUUAGUGGUGAGAGCAGUAGCAUUUUCAAUGGAGCUUCGGUGCUGGCGAUGUAACCAACCUGCAGGACACCGACGUGUUUCGUAUGAAAAGAGAUGCUUACGGUGAAGUGUCACUCUUCGAAGUUUACUCAUCCAUCGAUUCGUCGAACUGUUGUGAGUGCAAUAGUGAAUCAAUUUCACUUCAUGAGGGUCUCGUAGAAUUAUAUUUCAAAUCUACUCAGUCAAUCGGAUCCGGCUUAUAAUAUCUGGUUAAUGUCACGACGACUACAGUAGGUUACACAAAGCUGAGAUAUGUAAGCCAGAACUUUUAAUCCGAGAAUGUUCGGAUCCGAGGGAUAGAUUUCAAGGGCAAAAAUUUGUUUGAUAUGUUGUGUACAUAGCUGCACUAUCGAAUGUUCAUGGUCCCUUUCCUUUGCAUGCUCAGUAAAUGUGCAACGCUUUUCAAAUAGUCUUUUCUCAUAUCGAGGGACGCAUUCGUAAUCUACUUUCUAGCACAAUCAUAUUUCUUCGACAGUCACUAUUCAGUAUCGAUUUUGUUGAGCGAGACCAGAAGGAGAGAAAACCAACAAAAAUCGGGUUUUGAUCAAUUUCAGAGCAGGAGAACCGAAGAAGAUCGGGGUAACCGCUCCUACGGAUUCAAACCACAAACCAAAAACCUCAUUCAUAAUUUCAAAAUAAUUUUCUGAGUUUCACAAGAACCACGAGGUUCAUUGAAGACAAAUCAUUUCGGUUUUUCUUACAUAGAGAAGUUUCGUUCAAGUGUUAAAAAUGUUAGACGAGGAGAGGGGACACGAGCGCGGACACAAGCGAACGGUCGGAUCUGAGGAAACAUUAUACGGUUCAAAUACAUCGCAUACAUAUUCUGUAGAGAGAGUGCAUACUGGUAGCACUUAUAAGAGUAAUAUCAGCGGUCACAAGUUUGAAGAACCAGGAAAUCUCUCCGACAUAGCCCUAGUUAAUUAUCCAAAGGCAUGGACUCUGCAACCUCCUUCGAUCCAAUAGGCUAACUGAAUGUAGACAAGUAAUGAACUGAACGAUGUUCCCGCACAAACCAAGCCAAGUGAUGCACUAUUUCCAGAAACCGAUUUAAAUGCAGGCAUUAUUGGUUGGGAUAGUCAGGACGAUCCAAAUAAUCCUCAAAAUUUUCCUCCGAGUCGAAAAUGGCUUCUUCUAGGACUAAUAUCAAGCAUCACUGUCGUCAGUCCUCUAGCAUCUUCGAUGGUUGCUCCCGGUGUUCCUUAUAUCGAAGAAACAUUUAAAAAUCACAACGAAACAUUAAGUACCUUUACCGUCACUGUCUUCCUUUUAGGCAUUGUAUUCGGACCUCUUUUUUUAUCCCCAUUGUCGGAAAUUUAUGGAAGACGACCGGUACUUUGCGCAUCCAACAUCGUUUUCUGUUUAUUCCAGAUAGGCUGCGCUCUUGCUCCUAAUCUUACCGCACUCAUAAUAUUUCGUUUCUUUGCAGGCAUUGGCGGUUCGGGAUGUUUGGCACUCGGUGGUGGUGUUAUUGCUGAUCUCUUUCGACGCGAGCAACGUGGAGCAGCCUCAGCGGCUUACACAAUCGGCCCUUUAUUUGGACCUGUGAUAGGCCCAAUCUGUGGAGGUUUCAUAGCGGAGAGAGUUGGUUGGCAUUGGAUUUUCUGGGUUAUAUUCUGUGCUGGCACAGUAACGACAAUUGGCAUUGAAAUAUUCAACCGCGAAACUUAUCCUCCAGUUUUAAUCCGAAGAAAAACUCAGAAGCUUCGUAUAGAGCUUAAUCGCCCUGAUUUAAUGUCCUGCUAUGAUCUUGGAAGCGAUCCUAGCACUAGGACUGUUCUGAUCAAUGGCCUCAUUCGGCCUCUCAAAAUGUUGUUCUUGUCACCAAUCGUUUUCAUACUUUCCCUGUACAUCUGUUUCGCGUACAGUUUGUUGUACCUUUUGUUCACCACAAUUACUCCAGUAUUUCAAGAACAAUACGGAUGGAGUGUAGGACUUUGUGGUCUCGCAUAUAUCGGCAUCGGCAUAGGAUUCUUCUCGGGACUAGCCCUCGUGACAAAAAUCUCCGACGCAACCGUAAUCAAGAUGACAGCCGACAAUAAAGGUGUCUUCGAACCAGAAAUGCGUUUACCAGCCUGUCUUUUCUUCUCAUUAUUCAUCCCCAUCACCUUUUUCUGGUAUGGAUGGUCAACGGAUAAACACACUCACUGGAUCAUACCCGUCAUCGGACUUAUCCCAUUUGGAUUCGGUAUGAUGGGGGUUUUUAUCCCGAUUCAGACGUAUAUUAUUGAUAGUUUCCCCUUAUACGCAGCAAGUGCCACGGCGGCAAUGACGGCUAGUAGGAGUCUUUUUGGAGCUGUGUUGCCUUUGGCUGCGCCGAGUAUUUAUGCGAAAUUGGGUUUGGGUUGGGGAAAUACUAUGUUGGGUUUUAUUGCUGUAGCGAUGAUUCCGGCCACGGGCUUGAUUUAUAGGUAUGGCGGGAGGAUUAGGAAGAGAUAUCCGCUUAAUCUUUGAGAGAUGGAUGGAUGUUUGUGUGUAGGUUGGUAUGGGGGUUGGUGUACUGAGAUGGGGAUGGGAAUGGAGGUGGAAAUGGGGUUUCAUAGAAAAUCUGGGAGUUGAGAGUUGGGAAUUGGGAAUUUGGAAUUGGGCAAAAAGGGUGUUUGUAACUUUUAUAUGUAUUAUGUAUAACUUUUGAAGGACCGAUAGAUAGAUAGAUGAUACUUGAUGAACUAGCUAUAU